AGCUCCAGAUGGCAUUGACUGAACUGGACAGAUGAGUGCUGGUGCAAAUAAACACAGCAAACUGAUGGGUGCCUGGUCCUGGACUGCUUCAUCCACCGAAACCAGUUAUUUAACAGUGGGUAAUAAGGGAUUGGAUUGUGUCAGAAUCAAGGAGACAGCUCAGAUGAAUGGAACAGUUUUGGACCCUGAAUGCCAGAGACCACAAAACCACCAGUCCUGAAGUCUUUUAUGCUAUGUGCCAAAGCCGGACAGAAAGAAAGCGAGCAAGCAAACGAGACAGACUGCAGUCUUGACCUGAAGAACCAUGAAGAAAAAAAUAAUCAGAUAAGCAAAAAAGAAGCCUUAUCAAAAAAACCCCAAACAAAACAACCCCCCCCAACCCACCCAAAAAAACCCCAAGAAAAAACCCUCCAAACCUUCAAAGUUAAUAAUAUCAGGCCCUACUUAAAAUAUCUGCUGAAUGCUGGAGUGGACCACCCCUGCAGAUGGGUUGUUUCCAAGGCAAUAGACAAAGGGAGGCUGCUUUCUGCAGCCCUGCAGCUCUCAGGAUUUUGCCACUACCGAGAAUUUCUGCUGCAACAGUCUGGCAGAACAACCCAACCAAGCUAUUUACAUGCUGCAAUGUGUACCAGAUGGGCCACCCCCGCUCCAGAGCAGGAGGAGUCAGAACCAUGUCCACACACACACACCUUUCCCCCAGGCAACUCUCCACAAACAGAAGGGUUUUGCUCGGGAAGCUGUCAACAAACAGGAACUUUGGAGGAGCAAAUCCACCAGCAUUUCAGAGGUGGUACCAGCACCUGACAAAUGCCCAACAAUCACCACCCCGGGAAACAUCUAAGCAGGCAGACAAAGUAGAAAGAAGAGUUUCCUUCUGACCCUGCAAAAACUUCCGAGCUUGGGUUGCCACUGACACACUGCUGCUAUGCUCAGAUUUGCUAUGGCAGCUCAGCAGAAAGCAGAUAACCUUUGUACAAUCAACAGGGUAGUCUGGAGAAAGAUUCCCAUGAUCACAGUCAUGUCUCUGUGAAAGGAGGGGACAAACCUCAUCAACAGAGGGGAACUUCCAUCAGGGAUUUCAUCUGUUACUAGCAAAGGCACAGCCUUGGGCGUAUGGGGUUAUUGCUUGAAUGUGGAAACCGAAACAGGGACGUGUGGAUUUACUGCAGGCAACAUCCACAGCUUUACUAAAAUGAGACAUGAAGGAUACCCAAUUUGGACCUCCAACAGGGGCUUUGCAACCACACCACACUGUUCCUGGGGCCUCAGCUUUAGCAUUGUGAUAGCUUAUUUUUGUAGCUGGAUCCUACAAUGUACGUUCUUUGCCUCGGCUACUCGUUUUCCCUUCCGAACACUCAGCUCUGCUUUCCCCCCAUGGCUGGUACUGAGGUGUGGGGGUUAUGGGAGCUCCAUCCUUCCAGCUUCUCGUGCUCCUGACGCGCUUCCAGCAGCCGAGCGCUCUCCGGGCGCAACAACAGCACCAACUCCAAAUUCAGAAGGCAGCGCUCAAACCUUCCUCUCCCCAGCUAUUUUUUUGGGCGGGGAUAGAUAACGCUCGCGGCAAAGCCAAAAGGUGAAGACUCUUUUUUUUUUUUUUUUAAAUCACAGAAAGCCGUUCACCACGCGGCUGCCCGCAUUUCUCUGGGGCGCGAUGGGAGCCCCCCAUCGCUGCCAGGCUCUGCCACCCAGAUCAGUGUGCUCAGCGGCGGCUCAGCAGUCUUUUCUGUGGGAAAUCAAAGCCUGCAGACCCUCUCCAGAAUGAGCAAGGGGGAUGGGGUGUGCUCGACAACUGUCUUAAAUGAUGCUUUGUUGGCCAAGUGCGGCAAUUCUGCCAGUAGGUGCCUGAACUGGCUGAAUGGCUCCCUAGAGCUGAAGAGUGUGGAGAAAGAGGACGAAGGAAAAUACGAAUUUGUUUUUCCCAACGCCACCAGUUAUUUUGCACUGGAAGUAUUUGAGCCGACCAUUGGGAUCCAGUGCUUCCCUAAUGGGACUGCAGAGUUGUCCUGCAACGCGACCAGCACCGAGAGCAUGACCUUCCGGUGGCAGCUGAGCGGCAAAGAGCUGAGCGCCCCCGGGGCUUGUGUUACGGACGGUGGGAGGAAGGUCCGCCUGGACAAAACCGUGCCCGGGGAAUUUGUGUGCGUGGUGUCCCACGGGAGCAGCGUCACGAGGACCAGGCCUGUUGCACUGUCUUGUAGCUACGGAGACCUGCUGCAGUACCCAUGGUUCAUUUACAUCCUGGCAGGGUGUGCAGUGGGUGUGCUUAUCCUGCUGGUGGUUGUGCCCUCAGUCAUAUGUUGCUGCGUGAAGAGGAAACACAAGUUCAUCCCUGUGCCCUCAGAGGAGGAGAAGGAUGACGGACUAACCAUGUCAGUGGUGUCCAGUGAAGGUGUGAAGAGCCCCCCCAAUGGAGACCACGUCGAGGCUCAAGCUGCCCAAGCUGACCGCCCUCCAAAGCCUGAUGCUGCCCAGACUGGUCAAGGCGUUGAGCCCCAGCCACUGGCAGAAGAAAACUUAGCAGUGCAGAUAGAAGCUGAGGAACUGCCAGACCCUGAGGUCAUAGUUGAUGCAGAAAGCCAGGAAGAUGCCUCGGACUGUUUCCCGGAUCCAACUGAUGACUGACCUGACAUGCUUGCUGUUCCACCCUGAAGCCUGUGACACUUGUCCUUUGCAUCCCAUAGUCUCAUUUGUGUGUAAGAAUCGGUCUGGCAAAUUUUAGCAGGGAAAAGACAUGAGGUGUCAGACCUUCUAACCUCAUUUAAAAAGGAAAAAAGAAAAUAUAAGGAAAAGCACACCCGUGGCUUCAAGGCCGCACUGCCACGAGCUGACAGGUUCACUAACAAACAAAACUGGGCAGCUCCUUGAUGCUUUGCCUGAUAACAGAGCUGCAGCUAAACUGUGGAGCCCCAGGUGACAGCCUGAAACAAGCUGAGCAGUUCCUCCUGCUCCCUGCCCACCCAAUGUCUUUGCCAUGUCUUUGCCAGCCAAGGACAGGCAUGACAGGGGGAUUGUGGUGGCCUGCCAGUCCCAGACAUAAACUAAGGACCUGCCAGAAAUUUCCUGAGAAAGAAAAAAAAUCUCCUCUUAGGAGAUUUCAAGGCAUUUUUUCACAGGCCCUGCAGAAGAAACUCAGUGGAGGUUUCAGCCGGGGAUCUGUGUGCAGGGUGUUUAUCCGAGCUCCACACCCUCUGUGAUCUGGCCCUUACUGCUUGUUGCCUGGGGCCAGGACAGUGGUGGGGGCUGUAGGGUGAUAACUGGCUUUGCUCCCCUUUUGGUGCCCUUUCACCAGGGUCCUGCUUGGAUUACCAAGCUAAACCAGCACCAUCACCAGCUGGCCUCCUGCAGCAGGGGGGUGCCUGGGGCCUGGGUGUACGACUUUGGCAGAAACAUUGAUUAUAGUGCUGAGAUUGUUUAUCAGUGCAAGCAUUAGUGCCUUCAGUGUAAUGGUUUAGCUACUGCAAGCUGAAGCUGGCCAUCUGCCUGUGCACGUGGGCUUGUUUGGUGCUGUGCUGUUUGCACAGACAGCAGCAAUUUAUAGCAUCUCUUAGGCAAGUCUUGCUGCUACGCAUGUCCUGUUCUGCUCAGGGGAGGUUUGCACGUGGAGCAGCUGGGGUAGACCUGCAGGGAGGAAGGAUGAGGUGAGGAGAGGGCAAGGGCUCUGUCCCUGGCAGCAGGUAGCUGAGUCCCUGGCACAGCUGCCCUGGGGCUGCAGGUAGCGCUGCAGGAGCAAGGUAUUUACCACAUAAGACAACUUUGACAGUCAGAAGUGAGGCAUGUUGAUGUUAAACUAGCCCAAUGAGCUAGAAAUGCAUGGUAGAGUAACAUAUUUUGCAUAUGGCACAUAUUGGGAUCAAAAGGGAUGGGGAGGUGUAUGUUGCAUCCCUCUCUUCCCUUGUCAUUUCGCCCCUGUUUUAUACCGCGCUGACGUUGUGCUGUGAAUCCCUCGGAAACAGAUUUAAGAUGUGCCUUGUAAAUACCAUCCAACGAGGUCUGUGAGUACCCCAGCAAAAUGCAGGGUAAACUGAACGCUUCUUUUCCAGGUGAGGGAGCUGGUGGGAUGGCUGCACGCUUCCCUGGGAGUCCUUUAUCUCUGUGUUCGUGUCAAGGCUCUGCAUCAGUGACACCCAAUCAUAGGUGGUUGUUCUUGUUGUUUCCUUGUCCUGUGAUUCUCUUUAGAAGAUUUUUGGAUCUUGUGAGCUGUGUUGGUGGUGACUCAGCCUGUCUCCGUUUUUUAAGGCUGCCACAGGAAUCGGAUUUUACACGGUAGGAGUGAGAUGAUAAUUCUUUUCCUUAUGGUGCUGCACUGUCUCCUUUCAGUACAAACAUUCCUCAAAGGCUAUGAGUUGAGUGACAAACAUGUGAGGCUGAGUGCUUGGGGUGGCAGCUGCCCGCAGGCAGCACAGGAGCAGCUGGGUGGAGACUGUCAGUGGGUCAGUGUCACCAAAACGGGGGGGGGCAGAGGCAGCUUUGCUUUACUUCUGCACAUUCUGGCAGGGGCAGGUAGGGGACAGUCGACUCCAGCAUAUGCUUCAAAGGCUGAAGGGUGCUCUGAGGUGCACUGGGGAAGGUGGCAGUGUUUAGGUGCUGAGGGGGAGAGAGCUGGGCCAGCCUUGUCCUGCCGGGCUGGUGCAUCCCGGGUCCAAUUCACCCCAGUGCCGCCUUCCCGCUGUGAGCCCUGGGAGGGCUGGGGGUGCCUGGAGGCUGUUAACACCACCACUAGAGUAACCCCAGUCUGGGAAGGAUUUUUCCCAUUGAGAUGGGAGUCUGAGAUGUGAGAGGUCUUUAUUAGGCAGAUGGGACAUGGCUGGUUCUCUGUCCUUUCCCACUGAAGCUGCCAUUCAGCAAUGGGGCAAAAGUUUUGUAACUUUGGGGUCAGAAGUGUUGCAGCCUGUGCUCUUCCUUUAACUGUAUGUGUUUGUGCCUAGCUAUUGUUCCUUUCUAGUGGUUCCCCUCCCUUUCCUUGCCAUGGUUUUGUUCCCCCCCCCCCCAAAAAAAAUAAAUGUGUUUUCUAACUUGU